AUGUCUUCCGCAUCGCCCCAUGCCAUCAUCGUCACAGCUACGCUGGAUAGGCUCGACGCUUUGGCACCCGACGAGUACAUGAUAGCCUUGGGCCGAGGUAGCGAUCAGUUAUUCGCCACUCCGAGCGGUUACAGCUCCACGUAUCUACCCAACAACUUCCUCGGCGCAAUCUGCGCGGGUCACGUCAGGAAGAUCAUAUGGGCCUCAUAUGGCAGCAGAUCUGGGUCGUGGUUCUUCGCCUACAAGCGCAAAGACGGUACGUCCGCCUUCAUGGUCGGACCCGAUAUUCCAUCAGCACUACGGUCUUUCAUACAAGCAGUACAAGGUUCCGAGCCCCUCCGUUCCGGUAUCCGAGUACAGCUUGGUGCUGCCAAUUCUUUUGUCGUAUGGACAGGCACAGCCUGGGCAUGUGCAAAUGUUCCACCUCAGCUCGAAGCCAAAUUACGGGAAGGCAGUUCUGGAUCCCGCGAGGGUAACAAGAUCACCAACGGCUCAUUGAGGAAAUCCAGAAAGUUAGACAACGUCCAGUGGCAUGCCAAUGGAUCGUAUUAUAUCAAGAGCGGGGACCGUCAUCUAUGGUAUUUUCAGUCAAGGCUGGUGAGCCUCGAAUGGAACAGAUUGUGGGAAAGCGUGGGACGAGAUGAGCGAAUGGGUAGGAUCAACGAAGAGCUCGCUUACGUCUUCAUCAGCCCGCAUACACAGAAUGGUGAAACCUUCGCAUUCAUCAAGAAGCACUCCGCAGGAUUAGACACACCGUUCAUUGUUCAUUUUGAGGGAGAGCCAAUCCAUUCAAACUUGGGUACUGCCUCUGAGCAGCCUAUGCUAAGCAUUUCGCAUUCCGAGACUACCUCUGACACCGACUCUUUUCAGAACUCACGCUCUCAGCCAACCGCUAGCCACGAACCGUAUAGUCCUGAUCAGCGGAUGAAACAUGUACCAAGAAGGGCGGAAGAAGACGUCCACUUCCAGUGGGCGACAACUAGAAAGUCUGGUCGACCGCAUAGGGCGGAAUCAUGGGAGUCAGAGCUAAGGAAAGACGAGAAGAUCAAGGUUGUCCGUGACAUGGGUCGUGACUGGUUUGCAGUCAUCGGCGGGACGGGUAUGAAGGGUUGGGUGCACGGUUCCUGGCUCGCUUUUGGGGAUCAUACAGUGCAUAGAGACUCAAAGGCAGCAUACGAUCAAUUUGUUGGGGAUCUUGGGGAUUUGCUCAGACCCGGGCAACUUCAAGAUUUCCCAACGAUGACAAAGUACGUCGAUGAGUGCACCAGGGCAGGCUGCCAGCCACUCAAGGAAGACGUCUCAGGAUUGGGCAUCUGCACCCACGAUUUGCUGGUACUAUUGCAAGCUUCCGGUAAAUAUUCGUACGCAUGGCUCAAGGAGGAACGGAAUGUCUGGCAUCCAGACAGAACAAUGUUUGUCAUGUAUGGGAUCCUGACGGAGGAUUGCAAGAUCUGA